AUGCGGCCGGUGGUCAUGAGGGCGAUCCGGGGGUACGCCACCGUAUCGUAUCUGGCGGCGACUACCCUGGCUGGCUCCCCCCCAGUGGAGUUCCUCGCUGAGGAGAGGUUUCUCCUCUAUUGGCGAAUAAAGGAGCUCCGCAGAAAGGGGGAGGGACUAACGGUCAGGGACCUGAGGGCUCUAAAGGCCCAGGCCUGUGCUCGGAGCCUCGAUAAGUGGUCCGCCGAAGUGGCGGACCCGCGAAGGUUCGGGCGCUGGACGGCCGAGGCUGUCCGCCCCUGCCUAUCAGAAAUGGUCGGCAGGAGGGGACGCGGACUGUCCUUUCACCUGGUGCAGGUGCUGACCGGACAUGGAUGUUUCGAAUAUACCUGCAUAGGAUAA